CGGGAACGGCGACUUGGAUGCCCAGGCUCCGGAGUCUGCUUUGCUGCUCAUCUCCGUGCAGGACCCAGACCUCCUCAUGGGAAGUGGGCGCUACGGGCUCCUGGCCGCGGUGCUGCUGGUCGUGAGUGUGGAGCGGGUGCGACCAGGGCAGGGCUCCUGCAGGGACUGCCCAGCGGGUACUUUCUGUGGGAAAACCAAGACGCCGACGUGCAUCCCCUGUCCCUCCGAUAGCUUCUCCCGCAGCCCUGGACAGGAGGCCUGCAACCUGUGCCGGCGCUGCGAAGGCUGCAAAGACUGUGACCCCGGGACAUUUAACGACCAGAAGCUGGGCGCCUGCCGGCCCUGGACCGACUGCGCCCGGGCCGGGAAGGCCGUGCUGGUGAACGGGACGAAGGAGAGAGACGUGGUGUGCGGGCCCCACUCGGGGGACCCCAAACUCCUGUCCAUCCUCAAGCAGCCGUUCCUGAAGCCGGUGCGAACCGCCCAAGAGGAGGACGGCUGCAGCUGCGGGUUCCCCGAGGAAGAAGAGGGCGAGGAGGGUGCGCUGUGAAUGGGACCCCGAAAGCUGCUGGGACGCGUUGGAGAAGCAGCGAAGGAGAAACAGGAGUGGCCCCACCAGCGUCGCUUUCGCUAUUGAAAUACUCGGUCCUAGAUAACACCCCGGUUCCCCCAACAAGUCCCUUUAAAAUGGACCCCUUCCACCAAGCAUGGCACCAGGCGGGUGGCAAGGGGCAUCUUCCAGGCGAUACCGGACAGGAUAGGGUUAGGCUUUUGUCUUGUUUUAUAAUCCUCAUUCAAGGA